UUUAAUAAAAAGAACUGACUAUUGAGUGUCGAAAAAACGAUUAUUAAUCGUUUGAUUCGUUAGUUGUGUUUCUUUUAAAUGCAAUGUUUCAUGUGCCUAGGAUCCAAUUGAAAAUAGUGAGAUGUGUAAAGAAAUUAACGAUAGUGUUUUUGGCGUUUGGAAAGUACAACCCUCUUCCGAAAGAAGCGGCGUUAGGCAUCCGGCAUGUACAAUGUGUGAUGCUAUUCUUCGCUAUGCUGUUGGCCUUCGGUAUGAGGGUCAACAUGAGUAUGGCUAUCGUCGCCAUGACAGACUCCACGAUGGAAAACACAUUCGACUGGAGCAUGCAGAUUCAGAGCGUGAUCCUGUCUUCAUUCUUCUGGGGCUACGUGGUCCUUCAGGUGCCUGGCGGUCUCUUAGCUGACAAGGUCGGCGGCAGCCUCCUCAUCAGCAUCAGUAUUGGAGCCAACUCCAUCAUCUCUCUGAUCUUGCCAACGGCUGCUGUUUACGGUGGCUGGUACGCAGUAUGUGCUUGUCGGGUGCUGCAAGGUUUGGCCCAAGGAUUCGUUUAUCCUAGCAUGCACAAUCUUAUUGGAAAAUGGGUCCCGCUAGAAGAAAAAAGUAGACUAGGGACCUUCAUUUAUGCAGGAGCUCAAUUGGGGACAGCAGUAAUGCUGAUGUCAGCCGGAUUCUUGGCAGACUAUUGGGGCUGGUCCGCCAUAUUCUACUUUAUUGGUACCUGUGGAGUCGUCUGGACAGUCAUUUACUUCUUUAUCGGAGCUGGAGAGCCGCAAGACUCUAAAUUGAUAAGUGAAGAAGAGAAACUGUAUAUUCAGACUUCUUUGGGUCAAGUUGGAGGCAAGAAGACACUACCAGUGCCAUGGCUGUCAAUAUUGACGUCCAUGCCCUUCAUCAGCUUGAUCAUCGUACAUUGUUGCCAAAACUGGGGAUUCUGGACCCUGAUGACUGAGAUGCCGUCCUACAUGAGCCAAGUUCUCGGGGUCAACAUCAAAGCGAAUGGUGUAUUGUCGGCGACCCCUUACGUCGUGAUGUACAUCCUCAGUUUUCCCGCUGGCUUCAUAUCUGAUUAUGCCCUCGGUAAGGGUUGGGUCAGCACAACUGCAGCCAGAAAGAUCAGCAACAGCAUUGGUUAUGUAGGACCAGCGAUAGCCUUGAUUGGACUAGCAUAUGUGCCUGCUGGUAACGUGGGCCUUGCUGUCGGUAUCCUGUCUGCCGUGGUUGGACUCAACGCAGGACACUUUACUGGCUUCAUGCUAGUUCAUCUAGACAUGGCCCCCAACUUCGCAGGAACUAUGCUUGGCAUUACAAACGCCAUUGCGAACUGUAUCUCCAUCAUUGCGCCUCUAGCCGCUGGCGCUAUCAUAAAAGACGAGACUGACGCGACAGAAUGGCGGAAGAUCUUUUAUCUGGCUUCAUUUAUAUACAUCAUAGGCAAUACCAUCUUCCUCAUCUUUGGUACCAGUAUUCGGCAGGCGUGGAAUGAACCUAAAACUGAGAAGAACAUCGAAAAUAAUAAUGAUGCUGAUAAAACUGAAAAAGUAGUCUGAUACCAA